CUCUUCCCGGUUCAUUCUCUCAGGCGGCAGCAGCAGCAGCAGCAGCAAACCGGGACUACCGGCUACCGGGCAACAAGAGUCUCCAGCAGCUCGUCCAGACAGCCUCAGACUGCUCGUCAUCGUCUGUUUUCUUCGGGGUUUUUGUUUUUUUCUCUCUUUAACUCCGGAGACUGCGGAUUUUAAUCCUUGAUCUUUGGAUACCGACAGCGCACCGCCUCCCUCCAACAAGACCUGAAAGUGAUUUGUUUUCCUUUUUUUUAUUUUUUUAUUUUUUAAAUUAUACAGCCAGGAAAUUUCGGUCCAGCAGCAGCGGCGUCCCUCCGGUUUAACUGCAACCGGUCAGACUUGGAGAGAGAGAGAGAGGAAAAAAAAAAAGAGCAACAGCCUCCACCGGCGCAUCCGUGAGGUAGAGAGAAGCCCUACAUCAAGCUGCAGCCAUGGAUGAGAUGGACCUGCCCCAGAUGAAGAAGGAGGUGGAGAGCCUCAAGUACCAGCUGGCCUUCAAAAGAGAGAAGUCCUCCAAAACAGUGACUGAUUUGGUGAAGUGGAUAGAGGAUGGAGUCCCGGAGGAUCCCUUCCUCAACCCGGAGCUGAUGAAGAACAACCCAUGGGUGGAGAAAGGGAAAUGCAUCCUCCUCUAGAAGACAUCCACCCUGCCGUUCAACUUCGACACACGCCCCUCCACCCGACCCCAGACCCUCCUUCCCUCCUUCCCCCCUGCCCGGCCUCUGAAGGCAGUGGCAGGAUGGCGCCUCCUAACCUCUCACCUUGAAUGUACAACAGCUGAUAUCCCCCCAACCUCUCCCCAACACACACACACACACACACAGCAAGGGCACAGAAACACACACUGACGGCAACACACACACUUCACCACGACUGCCACACACUCACUGCAAGUUUAUUCCUGCCACGGCAAUGCAUCAUUAUUAUGAUAUGAUGAUCAAUACUUGUACUACAUGUCUUUAUAUGAAUAUACGACGACUUAUUUAUGCAGCUGCCAGUCACAAGCUUUCUCUCUGCAGUUCUUUUUUUUUUUUUUAAUUUCUGUUUUCUUCCAUGAGUUAAUGAGCUGUGAUAAACUGUAGAGUCACAUUCUCACUGCCAGGCUGACUGGAGAUCUGCGGGAGGAAUUUUGUCCAACGGCGAGGUACAAAAAAAUGAUCGGGUCGAUUGAGAAGUAGUACAACCUCUAAGUAUGGGGUUGAUGAAACAGCUACGUUACCGCGUUAGCGCAGCAUGUCCAAAUCACAACCGAUCGCCCCAAUUCCAGCGCCGUUCACUGUCCUGACCCCCAGCAAAGUCUUCCGGCCGCAAGUUUUGAACGUCUGGGAUAGACAAGACACUCAAAACGCUCACUUUCAUUGUCUCCUGAAGGGGGCGCUGCGUCUAUGCGCGCCAUCAUCACCAUGUUCACAUUAAACUAGCCUAUAGUGACUUGUAAUCAAAUAGAGAUUAUUUUCAGUAAAUACGCUUGAACGAAUUCAUUUGUGUUGGCUCACAGACUGCUGUGGUUAAUGACAGAAACCUGCUUUAUGAUGGGACGGAAUCUUAAAAAUUCUUUCAUGUGCGUUUGCUUCCUUUAAGUAAGAAAAGGUUUCGCUAGCGUGUUUGCGAAAAGUAUGCCGCUAGCAUAGCUACAUCACAAAUCCGAUUGCAAACUGUCUUGCGUGUCCUGAGCUACAUGUAAAUCAGUUUUGACCACACUCCAACGCUGGUGGUAACGCACCUGAAGCUGUUUCAUAACUGCCAAGAAGAAUAGUUAGCACAUCGCAACACCUUAGCUAACCAUUAGCUAUCAUCUAACACUAAGACAGAGAUGAAAAAUAUUUAUGCACAACCUCCCGAAAACUCGCAUGCAUGUAAACUUAGCCCACCCCACCAAGACGCACAAAACAACUACAGCCGUGUCAGCACAGAAGGCGUAGCGACGUAGCAUGUUAGCAUAGCAUAGCCGAAGCUCUGGUGCUCCAUCUGUGUCCACUCAGAACUGUAAUCUUUGUUUGGAAAACUGUACGGGAACUUGCUUCGGGCGGCUUUAAGACGUAUAGCGCGAGUACAAUGCGAGACGCCGCCUUGACAGAAGAGCCAGAAAGAUUACAACAGGAGAGGGUCUUUCUUUGUUGACGUGCCGCGAGCGUGUCGUAAAUGGAGGUCAACGUGGGGGCAGCUGUAAUGCAUGUAUGCCUCGAGUGCAGAGCAUUGUGACAGGUUCUUAUGGUGCAUUUACAAACUGCGACCUAGUUAUACUGUAAAUGUGUGCAUCCUGAAGUAGCUGCUAAAGACGAGGAGAUAAAUCAAGAACAUGCAUCGUCUGAAGGCAUCAGAAUGAAACGUUCACAAAAUCCCUCCCUCAGACUAAACGUACCGCCGGUGACACAAACCAAACUUUGACGUGUAAGAAACAACAUGCAUGAACCCGACAAGCUUUUCACAGCUACGAUGUGACUUCUGCAGUUUUCACAUGCAGUUUUUUUUUCUUUUUUUUAAAUUGCUCGUCAAGCAUGGUUAUCACAUUGAGAUCUGCAAGCCAGUGUUGUUCUGCUUCAGUGUCAUUAGGCAGCUCUGUUUGUGUUGUCAGAGCAGAAUGAAACUCCGGGCCUCUGGAGGGCAGGAGGGCAGGAGGGAGGGGGUGGUUUGAGUUUACUGCUCCCUUCUCCUCCUUAGCUACAAGCCCCCGAAGAUCGCACACAAACGCGACGUACGCGGCCGACAUGGAAAACCGACACACGAAAAACCGUGCGCACAACAUUAUCUCUCACCACACAUGUACAGACAAGACCCCUUUAACUUAUUAACUUAUUUAUUUAUUUAUUGAUGAGACCUCUCCCUCACCUUUCGUUUCCCACGUCUGCACUCCCUCUUCCUCAUACCCCCGCGAAAUGAAAGACAAAAAACACAAAACAACAAAAAAAAACUUCUACACCUUGCCAGAUCACCAUCUACUACUACUGCCUUUGUACACAGUUUCCUUAAAAACGAGAAUGUAAAUACGUGGCAUGAGGUUCAAACAUCACCGCCGACCUCGGGACCGGCCUGCGGGUGUGCGUGCAUGUGACUGUAAUUGCGUGUUUAUGCGUGCAUAUUUUCGAAAUAAAUUUGGACAUUAAGGCUCCCAUGUGGGUUGCACACGCAGCUGCAUCGCACACAAACACACACACACACACACACACACAGGCAGGCGGGCCCGAGGCCGAGCAGAUCAACAAGACAAACAACACACACACACACACACUGCUCAGUGAGAAUGUGUAUGAGGGGAGGAGGAGUGGCAAGGAUGUGGGAUUCUCUAAACAGGACUCGGGACAGGGGAGCCUCAAAAUCAUCUCAGUACUGUAAUGAAUCUAAUUACACUUUAUUCGACGUGGCUCGGUGUUUAGGUGACUUUAGCUUCGUUAUCUGUAGCUGUAACAUUUAAUUUUCCCUUUUUAAACAUAAUUUGAACUGUCCGCGAAUUAACGUCGUGGAAAAGAUGCCUGAGAGGGAAAAGAUUAAAUAGAUAAAGUGCGUUUGGGGAAUAUCGGGUGUGAAAUAACAACCUCUAAUCUGAAUCGCUGUGCUCGAAGGUACAGUCGGUGGAUUUGGGAUGAGCUGCCACAAUAGUAAAACCACCUGUAUACGUCCUUAUGCCUCCAUCGGGCCGUGGACACAGGAUGUCUGAGGGUGUCUUGGCGAUGGAUCCUUCAUAGGGUGAGGCUAGCAGCGUCUACUUGGGUGGUCCAUAUCAAAGUAACAUCCCCAGAAAAAGCCCAAAGUUUCCCAGCAAACAUCACACUGCAACGAGACGAUCAACGGCGAUCGCUUCACCUGUCGGCGAUGCAGAAUCCCCGUCAUUCAUUUAGAAGCGACGCCGCUUCCUAACUAGCUCACGCGCCGACGCGGGAGAGCAGCUUUCAAAUAUAGCCCAGUUAUUAGACUUUAUGUAACACUCGAGAGUAAUUUGAUGAUAAAUGCAUGACGAGAGACUUCCACGAAACAAAGAACUAAAGUUUCUCGGCUUCACGAUAGCAGCUUUUGAAUUCUCUUCAACAGGAGAUGUAAAACUUUAUUAACAGCACCGGAAAAGCAACAAAUUACACGAGAAAGUACAUGAGAAGAUUCCUGAGUUCACCUUGUCCCCUGUCUGUUUAUUUUUAUUUUUAUUUUCUGUCCAGCUACUGUAACUUUGUUUGGUUUGUUUUUAUAUAAUCUGAACGUAGGUAUGUAUGUACGUUAUUACUAUUACGAUGACAGCAUAAAAAAAAAACCUUGUCUAAAAUAUCUAGCAACAUAUUCCUCGUGAGAGUGCUUUGGAAUCAAUAUUAUGCAUCAGAUCAAAAGUCCUAGUGUAAAGAUGACAAUGAGCAAUAAAUUAUAGAUCAUUUUUUAUUGAAUGUUUUACAAAAAACAUUUAUCUUACUGAAUAAAGUAGAAGAUUUUUAGACAA